CAUUUUUUAAAAUUCAAGGACUAAAAUGAAAAUAACAUAGGAGAUUUCCGUCAUCUACCCGCCUCACCUCGCCUCGCGUCUAGCAUCUCUCCCCGAUUGCCGUCACCCAAAAUUGAAGAAGGAAACCCAAGCCCUUCAUUACGGCGUGACUCCUCCUAGGGUUCUUCAACGAAUGGCUGAUUUUUUGACUUCCACUCACCGAGCCAAGUGGAUCUUCUCUCCUCAAGAUCUGAAGGAGAGGUACAAAGCUGCUAAUCAAAGAGCAAGGCAAACCCUGGAGAAGUUAGCAUAUCAAAGUUAUCAUACUUGCGACACUGAUCAUGCAAUAUACUUUCAAGUAUGGAACAACAAGAAUGGAAGUUGAUCUUGAUGGGUCCUGGUCGUAUCCUGAACCUCAAAUUGAUGCAAAAGAUAAUGUUGAGAAGCAUUCUCGUCCUAAACCACUUAAGACUGAAGAAGAACAACUUUUAAGGGCAUUCUAUGAGUUCAAAAUUCAAGAUGUAUGUGAUGCCUUCAAAUUCCCACGAAAAAUUCAGGCAACAGCUCUUAUAUACUUCAAAAGGUUUUAUCUACAAUGGUCGGUUAUGGAACAUCAUCCAAAACACAUUAUGUUAACCUGCAUAUAUGCAGCUUGUAAAGCAGAAGAAAAUCAUGUAUCAGCAGAGGAGCUUGGCAAGGGGAUUGAACAAGAUCAUCAAAUGAUCCUCAAUAAUGAGAUGCUCGUUCUUCAGAGUGUAGGAUUUGAUCUUAUCGUUUAUGCACCAUAUCGUGCAAUUGAUGGUUUUGUUAGUGAUCUGGAGGAGUUUCUUCAAGUAAAUGAUGAGCAGCUUCAAAUGCUAAAGGAUACGAGUGAAACUGCUAAGGUGGAAGCAGACAAAAUCAUGCUUACUGAUGCACCACUUCUAUUCCCUCCUGGGCAGUUGGCGUUGGCUGCCUUACGCAGGUCAAAUGAGGUCCAUGGGAUUCUUGACUUGGAAAGUUAUCUUCUGAGCCUCAUGUCUCGUCAGCAUGCUACACACUCUAUUUCAGAGCUCACCGUUUCUCUAGAUGCCAUAGAUUCUUUGGUAAGUAAACUUCAGAUCCCUACUGCCACAGAUAUGAAGCACGUUGAUCGGAAGCUGAAAUCUUGUCGGGAUCCUGGCUCACAUGACAAGAGCAAAAAACGGAAGCACCGGUCAAAGGAAAGUUCAAAUCAAAUGCAUGCGUAAUGUGCCCUUAUUUGCAGCACUGCACUGUAUGUUGUGAUGCCUCAUCAUGUUGCAAGAGACAGUGCCUUCGGUUUUACAAAUUGAGUCAUUUUUUGCUUAUUUUGUUUUGGUUCUAAUUUGGUGCAAUCAGAGUAGAGCACUGGUAACGGGCCUGAUGAUCUGAGCUCCUUUCGGCUUUUUUUUUUUUUUUCUUUUCAUUUCUGGAGAUGCUGAAUAUGCGCCUUUUCCGUCAAUUGUUUCUAUAAUUUGUGUGGUUUUUGUCAUACUGCCCUCCUUGUAGUAUUAUGGGGGUAAAAAAGUCUUGUACAUUUUACUAGUAAAAGAAUAAAUUUUGUUUUUGUUCUCA